UUGACACAUUUUUCUUGGUAUUUUGUCCUGUAAUGGAUCACCUGUAUCAUCUACUCACGCAUCUUCCAAAUUCGCUUAAAGAACUAGCCUAUCUGAAUGGCAUUGGAAGAGAAUCCUUUAUUGGGGAAUUUCAUUUUCCCUCCUUAUGAUGUUAUCGAAGCCAAACAUGUUCGCCCCGCAAUCCGAUCUUUGUUGAACCAACUCGAGAGUGAUUUGGUUAAAUUGGAGACUACAGUGGAACCCACAUGGCCAAAGUUGGUUGAGCCGUUGGAGAAGAUCCUAGACCGACUAUGGAUUGUUUGGGGGAUUGUGAAUCAUCUGAAUGCUGUCAAGGACUCUCCUGAACUCCGUUCUGCCAUCACAGAAGUUCAGCCAGAGAAGGUUGAGUUUCAGCUAAGGUUGGGCCAGAGCAAACCCAUUUAUAAUGCAUUUAAAACAAUCCGAGAAUCUUCAGAUUGGGAAACAUUGAGUGAUGCCCGUAAACGAGUAGUGGAAGGCCAAAUAAAGGAAGCAGUUCUUAAUGGUAUUUCUCUUGAAGAUGAUAAAAGAGUAUGUUUUAACAAAAUUCAGCAGGAAUUGGAAAAACUAGGGCAGAAGUUUGAGGAGAAUAUUUUGGAUGCCACAAAGAAGUUUGAAAAGUUGAUCACAGAAAAGAAAGACAUUGAAGGUUUGCCUGCUACUGCACUUGCUGUGGCUGCACAAACGGCAGUGUACAAGGGAUACGAACAAGCCACGGCUGAAGAUGGGCCAUGGGUUCUUACAUUGGAUGGUCCAAUCUAUCGCUCUGUUUUGCAACAUGUUUGCAAUCGCUCAUUGCGUGAGGAAAUUUUUCGUGCUUAUGUGACCCGUGCCUCUGAUGGAGAUCUCAACAACACACCAAUUAUUGAACGAAUUCUUCAGCUUAGGCUCGAGAAGGCAAAGCUUCUAGGCUACAAUAACUAUGCUGAGGUAAGCAUGGAUGCAAAAAUGGCUACAAUAGAGAAAGCAGAAGAGCUUAUAGAAAAGCUUCGAAGUGCUUCUUGGAAUGCUGCAAUUCAAGACAUGCAGGAGCUCAAAGAUUUUGCCAAAAGUAAAGGCGCUGUAGAAUCUGAAGAAUUGACCCACUGGGACAUUAAUUUCUGGAGUGAGAGACUUCGAGAGACAAGUUAUAACUUAAAUGAGGAAGAAUUACGUCCUUAUUUCUCACUCCCGGUGGUUAUAGAUGGUCUUUUCAACCUGUCAAAGAUGCUCUUUGAUAUUGAGAUUGACCCAGCUGAUGGCAUAGCUUCAGUUUGGAACAAAGAUGUCAGAUUUUACUGUGUCAAAAAUUGCUUAGGCAUUCCAAUAGCUUACUUCUAUUUUGAUCCAUAUUCUCGUCCACUGGAAAAACGUGGGGGGGCAUGGAUGGACAUCGUUGCUGGUCGGAGCCGUAUUUUGUGUGAUGGUACAUCUUCCAGGUUGCCUAUUUGCCAUGUUGUGUGCAAUCAAACUCCACCGGUGGGAGACAAGCCAAGCCUUAUGACCAUUCGUGAGGUUGAGACUGUCUUCCAUGAGUUUGGCCAUGCAUUGCAGAACAUGCUAACCAAACAAGAUGAAGGUCUUGUUUCUGGUUCUCGAGGGAUAGAGAAGGAUGCUGUUGAAUUAGCUUCUCAGUUCAUGGAAAAUUGGUGUUACCAAAG